AUGCAGGCUGCCCAAACGCGUUACAGUACUUUUGGUCGUGAAUUACUCGCAAUUUACCUUGCUAUUCGCCAUUUCCGGCACUUGUUAGAGGGUAGAUCGUUUACCAUUCAAACCGACCAUAAGCCACUCACCUAUGCCUUCAACGCCAAGCCUGAUCGAUAUUCACCACGCGAGAUACGCCAUCUCGACUAUAUUUCACAGUUCACUACCGACAUUCGGUACACUCCAGGUUCGGACAAUGUCGUCGCAGACGCCCUAUCCCGUCCUGACAUAAACGCUCUUCACCCUUCCACGCAGUUGGACCUAGCCAAGCUGGCGAACCUUCAAAACAGUGAUCCUAAUUUUUUGCCCAUUCUAUCGUUCCCUUCAUUUCAAGUCUCUUCAAUUCCGUUACCCCUCCAAUCCGGAACCAUUUUUUGUGAUAUGUCUACCGGAUCAGCUCGCCCAAUCGUCCCCGAAGCUUUUCGACGCGUUGUUUUCGCCCACUUCCAUGGAUUUUUUCAUCCAGGAAUCAGAGCAACAAGGAAGUUGAUUAGUGCACGCUUUGUAUGGCCCUUCAUGAAUAAGGACCUGACAUCCUGGGCCAAACAGUGCAUCGCCUGUCAACGCAGUAAAGUAACUCGGCAUACGAACUCACCUAUCGGUUCAUUUGCCGUUCCUGAUGCUCGAUUCACACACGUCCAUCUCGACAUUGUUGGUCCUCUUUCCCCAUCAAACGGUUUCACUCAUAUCCUUACCAUGAUUGAUCGUUUUACCCGUUGGCCAGUAGCUGUACCCAUUUCGGAUACUUCAGCUGAAACGGUUGCUUUUUCAUUUUUGCAGCACUGGGAAGAGAGGUCGAAAGUGGAUGACCUAAGGGGUACACCGAUGUCUGUCGGAACAUUAGAGGAAAUUAUUGACGACAACCACGUGGUGGUUUCCACUUCCGUUGGAAGUGAGCACUACGUCAGCAUUCUUUCCUUCGUUGACAAGGGUAUCCUAGAACCUGGUUGCUCUGUGCUUUUGAAUUACAAGGUUUGCUCUCCUUCAUGCGUCCUAACUGACGAGGUUGAUCCCAUGGUGACUGUAAUGAAGCUUGAAAAAGCACCACAAGAAACCUAUGCAGAUAUCGGCGGACUAGAGGCGCAAAUUCAAGAGAUCAAGGAAUCUGUGGAGCUCCCAUUAACCCAUCCAGAACUGUACGAGGAAAUGGGCAUUAAACCCCCCAAAGGCGUUAUUCUCUAUGGCGCACCCGGAACGGGCAAAACACUUCUAGCAAAAGCAGUCGCGAACCAAACUUCUGCUACCUUCCUCCGCGUUGUUGGUUCCGAAUUGAUUCAAAAAUUUCUGGGUGAUGGUCCGAAACUUGUUCGUGAACUGUUCCGUCUAGCAGAGGAGAACGCUCCGAGCAUUGUUUUCAUCGACGAAAUCGAUGCAGUUGGAAUUAAAAGGUACGAAUCUAAUUCAGGUGGAGAGCGUGAAAUCCAGCGUACUAUGUUAGAGCUGCUCAACCAGCUGGACGGAUUCGAUUCUCGUGGAGACGUUAAAGUGAUCAUGGCAACUAAUCGGAUCGAGACCUUAGAUCCUGCCCUAAUUCGACCAGGUCGGAUUGACAGAAAAAUUGAGUUCCCACUUCCCGAUGAGAAAACAAAAAGACGUAUAUUCAAUAUCCACACCAGCCGGAUGACUCUAGCUGAGGAUGUCAACUUGGAAGAAUACGUAACAUCGAAGGACGAGUUGUCUGGAGCCGAUAUCAAGGCUAUCUGUACGGAAGCCGGUCUUCUGGCUCUCAGGGAACGGCGUAUGAAAGUCACCCAUGAAGACUUCAAGAAAGCCAAGGAAAAUGUCCUAUACAGAAAGAACGAAGGAACACCAGAAGGACUCUAUUUAUGAUUUCCACCUUUCAGCGGCAGUAAACGCACGCAUGUACACAUGAUGACCUUCUGCUGGGCAUUGUCCGGAGCAAUGCUCAUGCACAGCAAAUUUACUGAUCGUUGUGGUUUUCGAGCUAUUCUAAUUUGCGUUAUCAACUGUCUUGGUUCUUCAAAACGUGGUUCCUUACCUUACCUU